CAUCUGUACAUUACAAAACGAUAAGCAUAUGGGCGUAGUUAUGUAUCACUCUCUAUAACUUAUUAAACACACACCAAAUUAACCAGUCAGCAAAAUGGUGAAAGCGCUUUGCAUAGAGUUCGAUGAUAAUAAAGUGCCCUACAUCGAUUUGAGUACUGGAAUUAUUCGCAUGGAAAAAGAGGAAGCGCCAGAGUGGGCGUUGGAGAAAGCCCGCCAGGAAUUACGUGAAGUGCCCGAAAUAAUGGAACCGGCCAUUAAGAAGCUGCGUGAGCUGAUACAAGAAGAAAAACAUCUGAAGUUGCCGCUUGAUGAUGAAUAUAUGAAAAUGUUCCUGCGACCAACCCAUUACUAUCCAGAAUCAGCGAUGAAGAGGCUCAAAAACUUCUAUCACAUGAAGGCGAAAUAUGGUGCUCCCUGUGAAAAUAUUGUACCUAGUAAGCUGAAAAAUGUUUUUGAGGAAGAUUUGUUAUCACUAUUUCCCAACCGAGAUCAACAUGGACGUCGCAUACUUGCCAUCGAAGCUGGAAAAAAAUGGAAACCCUCACGCGCCCCGCUGAUUGAUCUUUUCCGCACCAUACAAUUGACGGUCUUGGGCUCUAUGGCUGAACCAUUAUCGCAGAUUUGUGGUGCUAUAGUCAUUAUCGAUAUGGAGGGCCUGCCAAUGAGCCAUGUUAUGCAAUUUACGCCCUCCUUUGCCGCCAUGCUGCUCGACUAUGUGCAAGAAUGCAUUUGUAUGCGACUGAAAGCGGUGCAUAUAGUAAAUAAUUCGUAUAUAUUCAAUAUGCUAUUCGCCAUUUUCAAGCCAUUCAUACGCGAGAAGCUGCGAAAGCGGAUAUUCUUCCAUGGCAAAGACUGGAAGUCGCUGACGUCGCACAUCGAUAAGAAUGCGUUGCCUGUGAAAUAUGGCGGCACUGGCACUUGGGAUUUGCCUGCCGGCAAGCUGUUAGGCGAUUUCUUCGAAUGCUACUCAGCUGAUUAUGAAUUGGCGGACACGUAUGGCUUCACAAAGGACUAUCAAAUGAAAAAGUAGUGCAGUGCAAUAACCUUUUCACCUACAUACAUCCAUUCGUACAUACAUAAAUAUUUACAUAGAAUUAAUUUAAAACAAAUUUUUGGUACUAGUUUUAAUCGUUGCCUACGUACAUAAAUAUAAUUAGCAAUUUGUAUUUAUGUGGCUUAAAAUUUUUAUAUAUAAAUUUAUGUAGAUAACUAAUGUGAUAUUCUUUAGUUAAACUAUAUACACUUAGAGCUAUUGUGUGUGUAUAUUUUAUGAAAAAAAAAAAUCAAUAAUGCUUGCCGAUAUGCACCAUUUUGCCUACAAAGAAAACAAAAAAACAACCGUAAACAUACAGUAUGAUUUCUAAAAGAUGUUAAAAUUAUAAUGCUUCGUUUAAAGCUUAGACUUGUGGUGAUGUUUGUAAAAUAUUGAAAAUAAAAAAUUUUACAUAUGUACAGUAAGAGCGAAAA